CGUUGGUUCCAAGGCUUGUUCCUUGGACAGGACAGCUACAUAGCUUCCUGUUCCUGCAAUAGGCGGGGAAUCAGUCCUACCGACAGCGGAGAGCCACGUGAAGCCGCGUGGUCCAUAAAGGGCCUUUGCAGCAGGGCGGAUGGACGCACUUGGAGCAAAGAUCGAUUUACCUACUUCGGCUCAGUGGUCCCAAGCGGCAAGCGGGCUCUGUAACCACGUGGAGUCCUGCUCCUCUCCCGGGCUCUCUUUAACGCGACAGGUUCCUGGUAUGCGCUUUGCACAGGAAGAUGCGGGCAUUCAAACUCCAGGCAAGAAUGCCGCAGAUACCGGCCGUCGCUUUGAAGUAAGCGCCGCCGCACCUCUACGGGAAGUGGAAGGGCGAAGCAAUGAGGUCGACGCGGCUGAGGGCACCAUUCGGCACGGCAGGCGGCGCUUUGCUCCAGUUCCUUCCCGACCUUCAUCCGCCCUCCCUGAUGAGAUUUCAUCAAGCCCCAUCAGCAAUCGCAUCGCAACAGCAACCUUGCGCUCCACAGCCUCGCUACCCCUGCUGCGAACAUUAGAGCAGCCUAACCUUGCAUCUCUCUGUACGGCGCUUUCCUCUGCGGCCCUGGAUGAGGCGCUCAUCAUCACCCAUGCUCGCUACCCCGGAUGCGAGUUUCUGUCCCUAAGCGCCAGCCCUAUGGCGGAUGAGGCUGUCACCAAGCUUGCUGCCACUCUUUCCAUCACGGAUGACCCCGAAGAGGAUGUGAGUUGUCACCACCACCUAUACCGUGUUGCUGCCAACAAGGCAGUCAAGGCAGGGCAGCCUCUCCCCAUGGGUUGCGGACGUGACGGCGAGAGCUUGUACGAUAAAGCAGCCCAUGUACUGCAGGAUUGUUGUGCCGUACGGCCGAACAAUGCUAUCUUCCCAGUAGCGGAGCGUGGUGCCCCUUACCCGAAGCUGCGUGGCUGGACCAAGCGCGGUCUGUACGAGGGCACCGUGCGAGGUGGCAGCCCCCACGUGACGAGCUGCGUAUCUGGCAUCAGCUUUCGUGAGCUAGGUGCAUGCGCAAGCUAAAAGCGCAUGUGGGUUUGCCGCGUGCGAGACAGCAAGGCUGUUGAAUGGUUACUACUGUAUUAUUAACGUUUUGCGGGUUGGAAGCAUUAUCCACGGAGCGCGCGAUGUAUGUGAUUUUGUCUUCGGGCAGCGUUUCAUUUUUAGCGGUUGGUUGCUGUAGCGGUUGGUUGUUGGCUAGUAGGUAGCACACUCCCGUUGGCUUUUGUCGUAGCGAGCAUGGGCGAGCCCCUCUGCUGUAGGCGGGUUUGCACCGUAGGCAGCAGUUGUCUGCACCAGUAUGCUGAGACAUUGUUAAAUGACUAAUUAUGCCAUGUACACUUUCCGUUCGCUAUGUACUUUGGGUUUCAGAUUUGAGUAAACUGGGGCUAAGUUGCGCUGGGCUGGGCUGGGCGCGUUCAGGGCUGUAUGGUUUGAGUGCAAUUUGUGUUUAUGUCACUGCUGCGUUGAUCUGCGCAGAAAGUUGCGCGAGUUGUGUUGCACUGUAGCAUGCAUCAAAGGCGCCACUACGGACUCAACUACAAUGCUUGCGAGCUUUUGGGUGAGCAACCCUCUCUGGUAACGACCCGACAAACUUGAAUAUAGGAGCAAGAUGACUUGCUGACCGUGCCAUGUUGGCUUUUCGGCGUUUUACCUUUCCAUGUGACUUCAUCGUACAUGUACUUUAUUAGACGUUUGGGGUUGGGCCUUACUCAUGUCUUCCUUGUGUUGUCAUGGACUUUGCUACGACAAGGAUAUUUAGUACGGGAGCACUUGCUGACGAGUCCAGGUUCCCGGCUGCUUUCCAGCCCACGUGUGCUUGCUGGUGCGUAGCCUGCAUUUCGGCGAGGCAAUACAAACAUUAGCGGAAUAGUUGUGAUCCUUUCCCCAUAUUUAGUCUCCAAUGUGAGCUAGGGCGCGUUUCUUUAGAGGUUAUUCAUGUACUGUUGACGUGUUGAGUGGUAAAAGCGGCGGCCCAUGGCGUGCAUUGUUGAGCACACGUCUUGUGGCAGCUGCCUCGAAUAGGAGAGCCCUUAGUACUGUGAUUAGUGCGUUGGUGCAACGGUUUCCGUCGGGCCCCCGCCGCCGUUUGCACGGCAUGGUUGUUUAGCAGCGGGCAGGUUGUUGGCAUUGCUGCGGGUUGCGUUUGUCACCCUCGUGCCAGGUGCCCUGUGUGCUUCAUGCACUACAAGUGAUGGGGCCAUGUGAAGGCCAAUGUACGGUAAUAAAGCUGAUGACCA